AUGUUCAACUUGCGCCGCCUCAUCGCCGGCCUCUUGCUGGCCCUGGGAGUCAGCAUGCUCUGCUUCUCCCAGGUCGCUGCCGCCACCAAGGGUCCCAAGAUCACCCACAAGGUCUACUUCGACAUCACCCACGGCGACGAGCCCCUUGGCCGCAUCGUCAUGGGUCUCUACGGCAAGACCGUCCCCAAGACUGCCGACAACUUCCGCGCCCUGGCUACUGGCGAGAAGGGCUUCGGCUACGAGGGCUCCAGCUUCCACCGCGUCAUCAAGCAGUUCAUGAUCCAGGGUGGUGACUUUACUCGUGGCGAUGGCACUGGUGGCAAGUCCAUCUACGGCGAGAAGUUCCCCGACGAGAACUUCAAGCUGAAGCACACCAAGCCUGGCUUGCUCUCCAUGGCCAACGCCGGCAAGGACACCAACGGCUCCCAGUUCUUCAUCACCACCGUCGUCACCUCGUGGCUCGAUGGCAAGCACGUCGUCUUCGGCGAGAUUCUCGAGGGCAUGGACAUUGUCACCAAGAUCGAGAAUGUCAAGACCAGCCGUGGCGACAAGCCCGAGGCUGAUGUCAAGAUCGCCAAGAGUGGAGAGCUGGAGGUUCCCCCCGAAGGUAUCCACGUGGAGCUAUAG